AUGUUUGGAGGUGUGGAUGCGGACGGGGAGGGCAUGCCGCCAGACAUGAAAGCGAAGUACCAAGGAGUGUACAAGGAAUGCGAUGCAGACGGGGAUGGUCACAUCAACCGGGAGGAACUCCCAGUUCUCUUUGACAAGUUGACGGCCUUGGAGGAGGAAGAAGGGGUUCUCGACGAAAGGGAUGAAGUGUGA